AUGCCGGCAAAGCAAGCUCGCGUGAGGGAGGUGGCUUCUCAAGCCCUUCCUCCACUCCCCCUCGGCCCAAAUCACACCGAAUCCAACGCUCUCCACACUAUCGAGUUUGUGGGCGAGCUCCAUCGUUGGUCCAACUUUCUCCGUUUUGUCGAAACACAUGUCCAAGGCCAGAGAUGGAGCACCAAGUUCCUCAAGUACACCCAUGGAUUAGGCGACCCCGAGGCUGAAUCACAGCUCAUUGGCGAUGAGACAGGCCUCCAGGGUGUUUUCAAUCAUUCUGUGGGAUUCAUGGUUGGAAAAAUCCUCAAGGCCCAGUCAAUCGAUUUAGAGUUCGCUGAUUUCAAAUGCCUGGGAAGCCACUAUGCCAACACGCCCGAUAGCAUUCUGAUGACCAAGAAUGCUCAGCUAAAAGUUGUUGGGGAGUUAAAGGUCCCUUGGGUGAACGAACACAAAAUGAGCCAGGCGUAUGAGGAAGAAAGUAUGCUUUGCCAUUUGCUUGCCCAGCCGAUCAAAUAUAUGAAGGAUAUGAAUUGUAUGUAUGGCUUCAUGAGCAACUACCGUGAGACGAUAUUCCUUCGGCAGGUACUCAUUGCAGGAAAAUGGGUCGUCGACUAUUCUCCAGUCAUUCUAGCAUCAACCUCCUACGCCAAGACGGACCUGGGCAAUCUCCAAGCUGUACCAGUUGUGUCAAUGAGGCAAUGUUUCCUUGCUGUUGCGGCUCUAGCAGAGGCGCAGGGGCCUGUCUACAAUACAACACCAAAGUCCCAAUGGGUUGUGCGAAUGUGA